AUGGGCUUGAAUCUUGCCGAUAUCCCUGCUCCUAUCGGGACUGUUGCCAACAACGCAAAACCUCCAGGUUUUGGGCAGCGUCCUGCAACAUGGAUAACUUACAAUGUGUCGCAACAGUUCGAUAAUCCCGUUGGACUGGCGCGACCAUACUUUCGUUACUGGGUUCCAGAUGCGGAUGUUGAAGAUAAUGUACUGCAGUUUGACCUGAAGCAGAUGAAGGAGCACGGUGCAGGAGGUGCAGAAAUCAUUUGCCUCGAAAAUUACGGCAUCGAAGAUGCUGUUGUUGAUCCUGCUCUUUACGGAUAUGGAGGGGCACGGUGGUAUCAGAAAUUCAACACUAUAUUGCAUGCCAUAAAAGCACUCAACAUGACAGCUGAUUUCGCAUUGGGUCCUACUCAGGGGGCCUCCAUUCCAAUUCUGGACCCUGACACGAAGGGAAUGAAUACUGAACUCGCAUAUGGUCAAGUCAACUUAACAUCUGGCCAAACAUAUGAUGGAUGGCUUCCUCAGCCAAAGAAUACCGAUGCUGGAUAUGCGAACAAGCCCGACUUUUACCCUCCUCUUGUCAAUUACACGAACAAAUUCGUCUCUGCGAUUGUGGCACGCAAGAGUAAAAUUCCGUCCGAUGAUCCUCGGGUUGUCCAACUGGACUAUCAUAGUGUACAAGAUGUGACUGCGCGGGUUUCAAACGGGAGCAUCCGGUACACGGCACCAACAGACGGCGGAGAAUAUAUUCUCUUUGCCUUCUGGCAACGUCGAACCGGGUAUCUAGCAGCUCAAGGUGCAUUCAACAAUGCGACAAAUCCGAACAAUCCAGCUUCAUGGUUCGCAUAUGUAGUGGACCACUUCAGCCAGGCAGGCACAGACCUUUGGACAUCUUUCACUGAGCAGUAUGUCAUGAGCGGUGAAAACGCUGAUCUUAUCCGCGAACUAGGAAUCUAUGCCUGGGAGGAUUCAGCGGAAUUCAGAGCCACAUUAUUCUGGACCGACAACUUUAUCAACUUCUUCCAAGAAUCGAGGAACUAUUCACCAAUUGCUGCUCUCCCGAGCUAUUUUGGAACCACGAAUGUACCCCCGAGCACUCUUCCGGACAGCUACUAUUACUUUGGUUUCAACGACGAGGGAGGGAAAGACAUCAGUGCAAAGUUGCGCAAUGAUUACAGACAAACACUCCAGGAACUCUAUGAGAAAUAUCAUCUGACAGGACUAUCUACCUGGACUUCUAAAUGGGACCUUCAAGGAAGUCUACAACCGUAUGCCACUGCGCCGAUACUCGCGCCUGCAUGGGACCUAACCGCUUCGGCAGCAUACAUUGACGCCCCUGAGACAGAGUCUAACUAUUUCGAUGGAGUUAUCGAUGCUAAUCGUGCUUUCUCUGGAGGUGCCUUUCUCGGCAGAAGGCAAAUCGUCUCUUCGGAGCUAGGAGCUCAUCGCUACGAAGCCUACGCUAUUACCUGGCCUGUGAUCCUGAAUGACUGCAAGAUCAGCUACGCUGGUGGCGUGAACCGUGUCGUGCUACACGGUUACCCCUACUCUGGAUAUCGUCCAGACGCUUCAUGGCCUGGAUUUACCACUUUCGAAUGGCUCUAUUCUGAGAUGUGGGGUCCCAGACAGCCCGGCUGGCAAUAUUCAAGAGUAUUCGGUGAUUGGAUUGCCCGAACUCAGCUUAUUCUCCAGACCGGCGUGCCUCGGGUUGAUAUUGCCAUAUACCGUCAUAAAUAUAUCGAUCUUGACAUUAAACACUAUGGUCUUCCCGAGAAUAUCUUUGGUGAUCCUUCUUUGGCCAACUCAGGGUACAGUUAUGUCGCGCUUAGUCCUUCUCUUCUCAAAUUGGACAAUGCUAUCAUAACCGAAGGUGUUCUCGCAAAAGACGGCCCAGCAUUUUCUGCGUUCAUUAUCGACAACUCGACGAAUCUCACAUCUGAGGCAGCGAGCCGUUUCAUCGAAUAUGCCGAGGAAGGAUUUCCCAUAAUCUUCAUCAAUGGCGUCCCAGAAUCGACACCGUAUUAUUGUCCAACAUGCGACGAAUACGUUAAAGAAACCGUAACGAAGCUACUUCAAUACCCAUCUGUGAAAAACGUCUCAUCCGAAUCAGAAGUCGUUUCCGCUCUCCAAGACCUGAAGAUAUUCCCCGCGGCUCGUAAUAUUUCCCCCUCUCCGAUCCUUUACGUCCAUCGCUGGGAUGAAAAUAACAAGGUAGACUACUUCUGGGUCUAUAAUUCCGAUAUAUAUAACGAUCAUGAAACAGAAGUAUCUAUCAAGGCGAACGGCGGAAUUCCGUAUCAGCUUAAUGCAUGGACGGGCGAAAUCACAGCUGUACUCAACUACAGUAUCACAGACGACAAUCGGUAUAACCUCUGGGUCCCUCUUCGAUCUAAUCAAUCAACUAUAUUCGCAUUCGCUCCAGAGGAAUAUUUUCCAGAUACGCCAAUUCCUCCUGUUCAUGUUACUCGAACAGAUAUACACCAUCUGGCGUAUUCUUCUUCUGAAAAUUGCAUAGUCGCGAGAAUAUUUGAUGCCAGGGAUCACUCCAUAACACUCAGCAACGGCAAUAUACGAUACGUCCCAUCUUCUCCCAGUCAUAUUCUCCCUAGAGAUGCUACAAUACUGGGACCAUGGAACCUCACCAUUCAAGAAUGGCUUCCUGGUCCAAACCCUACGAAAAACUACACUUCCAUCUACAAGUACCACAACUACUACGACCUUCAACCACGCCUCUUUCCCUGGUACAAUAUCUCUUCUAGCCUAUUCUACAUGUCCGGGAUUGGGACCUACACCACACAAUUCUCCUGGUCCGUGUUCCCCGUUCGAAACAGCUCGUUCAGCGCCGGCGUCCUCCUUUCUCUUCCACGUCCAAUUUUCAACACCGCACAGAUACAUAUCAACGAGAACCAAACGGCCCCAAUCGACGUCGACGAUCCGGUAGUUAAUAUCUCGCCAUUUCUCAGAAACGGGACAAAUACAGUUAGAAUCGAAGUGUCCAGCACGUUGAGAAAUCGUCUGCUGGAGUUUAAUAAUACGCAGAGUUGGGAGCAGUCACAGUAUGCGGCAAGCUAUGGACCACAGCCAUAUGGCCUUGUGGGGGAGGUUGAGCUGGUCCCAUUCUGGGAGGUGAAGCUGCCUCUGUAACAUGUGUUUGGCUUCACAGCCUACAAGACAAUAUUUCGCUGAAGUUAUAUUAGAC